AUGCAGACUGGAGGAGAGCAAGAACCAUCCAGUCUCCCACUAGCUGAAGUCAUAUUUAAUGAUGAUACAGAAGAUAAACCAGAAGAAACAACUGAAAAUUCUAAUCCAAAUGAAAAUAUCAAUGAAAAUUCAAAUAAUUUACAGAAUAAUCCAACAAAUGAGCCUAAAAUACAAAAUAGUAUUAUAAGCCCUUCAAGUUCUAUAUCUGCAAGCCAGUCAUUAGAUAUAAUUGCUUCAGAAUCAGGCCAAUCUGAAGAAGUUGAUCGAUGCAUCGAUCAUGUAUACGAUAGAUCUUCAUUAAACUAUAUGAUUACAUUAUUUACAAAGACUGCUUUUCCAGAAAUUCGUGCAAAAAUAUUUUCUUUCUUCCAGAAGAUGAUUCUUAACCCAUCUCUUUACAUCGAAUACGUCAGACCAUCAAAACAUCGAAGAAACUCCGAUGAAUUCUCAAGUACUGAUAUAAAACCAAUGUUCCGUCACAGAUCGAACUCAUUCAAGCUUGAGCGUCAAGAUACACCAACAGAAAUUAAACCAGAAACACCAAAGAAGAAGUUCUCACCUCUUACUUUGCUUUUCCAGUCUUUUCCAAGAAUUUUAGACAAAUUCUCUGUCAGUGACAUUGACCAAGUUGGCAAAAAUCUUCAGAUCUGUAUAAUGAAGCUUGUUCCAGACCCAAGAUACAUCAAUAAAGUCGCAAUGCCAGAAUUACAUUAUUUCCAAGAAGCCUGUGAAGCUUUUCGUCAUGUUCUUAAUAUAAAGAAGACAACUCUUGCCAAUCAUCUUGUUAAAGCAUUAAUUAGCGCUUCUUUUGCAAUUAUUUUCAGUAUUGUCGAUUCUGCGAAAAUUAAAAACCAAUCUCAAUACGAUUACAUCAAUUACAUUGGCGAAAUCAUUUCGGUAAUAUCUACAGGCUUAGGAAGUGUCACAAACAUGAAAGAAAUAAGUAAUAUGUUGACAUCUUUUUGGGUAGCGAUUGUUUUAUACAGCAAAGGCGAUUUCUCGAUCUAUUUCACAUGGAAUGUUUAUUUACGUAGAAUUGCUGCUUCUGCAAUGCCGUUUUCUUCAGUUUGCAGCUCAAUUAAUCCAAAAAGUAUCGAUAGCUUGAUAAAUGACGUAAAUAUCAAGUCAACACAUUGCAAAUUAUAUUCCAAUUCCGAGGAAAUGGCCACAGCUCUAAGAACUCUCAUUCCUGAGUUGAAUUUCGCAUUGGUCAAACAACUUGAGCCGAUGUACGGCAUUUUCCUGCUUUGUAUUUAUUCUUUGGAAAAAUACAGAGCGGCCAGCGGUGAUUUAUGCACUUAUUUCGAGUACAUGGACUAUUCUUACAAUCCGAUCUUUGAUCAGUGCAUUGACUUGCUUCUUGAGCCCAUAUUUAAUACUUACUGCCAUCAUGUAAGCGCAAUGAGCGAAACAAUCCAGAAAUCAGAAUCAGUUUUCCCUACCGCAAAAACAUUAUUGCGUUCCUUCCUUUGCCAUGGCUCCAGACGUUCACAAGGUGCUACAUGUAUUUAUUCUCGCUUCUUUACCCGAUUUGUUUUGGCUGUUUUGGAUAAUGAGACUUGGCAAAUAUUUAUGAACAUGAAAGGUCAAAUUUCCAAGGACAAAAUGCAGAAUUUCCUCGCUUUCUUCAAUGAUCUCGUCAAACUAACAUCCCAGGAUGUUCCUACUUUGCUGUUUUCUAUUUUCUCGACUUCCGCCAUCAGAGAACAAGACGAAGCACGCGCUAUGAUGUUUUCCUAUCUCUAUGAUAACCUUCAGCCACACUUGCGACCAUUCUUCUCCGAUUAUUAUGCCGUAUUUAACAUGAUGAAAGGAAUGUCGUACAAUUUCCCAGAUAAUCUCGACCAAUUCGAUGCGAUCACGAAAGCCAGAUACAUAACAAUGCAGAUUAUCAGGGAUAAUGACAUUUCCAAGUUUGAUUUAAUUCCAUAUGAAAUUCCAACUUCAGAGAAAGUCAGACUUUGGUCUCUUAUCUUCUGCCAAAACAUGAAAUUAGCAGAUGACCUUGUCGAUGUCCUCGCAAAACGCUAUAUUCAUGGUUAUAUGAGCACAAAAGGCAUUUUCAGUACGGAAUACGACCUAAACGAUGUAAGAGACCAAACGGCCAUCUUCUCAUUCUUCACGUAUUUGGUCAAAAUUAACUGUUUUACGUCGAAGAUUAUUCCACAAUUGUAUUUCCUUAAGGAUGGAUUAAGAUUGAAGCAUCCAGGUAGCGUCCAUUGCUACAUGAACCUCCUCUACUUCAUCAUUUCCGUCAUGCAAUGCAGAAAUGCCCAUGAAUUUGAAACUGCCGGCAAUUCAAGUAACAUGAUCAUACUUUUGGACGUCAGCUGCAGAGUCAUAAGCCUUGGCAGAAUGACAGGAAUCCUUCAGUACGUAACUACAAGCGAAGUUGUAAAUCUUCGCAAAAUUAUUCCAAGCAUACAAUCAUUGGCUAACAGUAAUAAGACUCAAUUCUGCAUACAGAACAAGGUUAACCCAGUUUUAUCAAUCAACGUUGACCAAACUCUGUUGAUAAAAUUAUCAAAUGUUAUUUUAUACUGUUUGAGCCAAACAUUGAUGUAUUUCUCAACAUACAUCAAUCCACAAGACACGCACAUUAUCGAACAAGAGUAUAUUAACACUUAUUGGCUCAAACCAAGGUAUUAUUACUUUUCUGAGCUUCUUCCAUUACUUUUAACUCUUUGUCCAUCAUGUGUCUAUUCAUUCAUCGAUAUUCUCAACACAACUGAUACUUUCAUUAGUGAUUUACCCAAAUUAGUGAAAGAUUAUCAGAGACAAAUCUCCGGAGAAGAGAAUUUGAUCCAUUUUAUUGCCAGAUAUACCCCACAUAUCAUCGAUAUGGACCUAAAGAUCGAUCCACAAUACGCAUUAACCCUGAUUCAGCCAGAAUUACUCGCAAACGAGACAAUUUCUCAUUUUGUCACUCACUGGCUUCAUUCAUUGCCAGAGGAAGAUGCUAUGUUGAUGGUUCCUCAACUUGUCCAGUCAAUCAGGUUUGAUAAGUGCAAAACAAUGCGAUCUUUCUUGAUUGACUACGCUAAAGACCACGAGAUGUUUGCACACAGACUAUUGUGGAACAUCGCAAAUGAAAAAGGACAUCCUGACAACACAGAUCCGAAAUAUACCCGUCGACUUCCAAAAAUCGAAAGUCUGAUACUUAACAGUUUCAAGACAAGUGUCAGACAACGUCAAAUGAACGAGUUUGGCCUCAUUGAAGAACUCGACAGGAUUUCACAGCGAUUGAAACCAUAUAAAAUUGAAGAAAGAAGGGAAGUUUUAAUCAAUGAACUGAAGAACUUGAAUUUAUCCAAUGAUUUGUAUGUUCCUUCAUGUCCAGAGUACAAAAUCAUUGGUAUCAAUGCAGAAGAAUCUCUUCCUCUUAAGAGCCAUUCACGUGUUCCAAUUCUUGUCAAUUUCGAAGUCGAAGACAAAGAAAACAAGAGAUUCCCUUACGGCUGCAUCUUUAAGAUCCAAGAUGACGUGAGAACAGACUGUUUAAUGAUCCAACUCAUCGACAAAUUCGGUGUAAUAUGUCGUGAAUCAGGAUUAGACAUUUAUGUCUGUCCUUACAAAGUAUUUUCAACAGGUUUCGAUCGCGGAGUCAUUGAAGUUAUCCAACACGCGAAAUCUCGUCAUGACAUUGGAAUGACAUAUAAAUCAGAGUUGUUGCAUUACUUCACAACAAAGUUUGGUCCGAUUGGAACUCCAAAGUUCAAUGCCGCACAAGAUAAUUUCAUUAAAUCACUCGCGAGCUAUUCAUUGAUAUGUUAUUUGUUCCAAGUCAAAGAUAGACACAACGCGAACAUCAUGAUUGAUGACGAAGGACAUAUUAUACAUAUCGAUUUCGGAUUCAUUUUCGAUAUUUCACCUGGAGGAAAUAUCAAAUUUGAACGUGCUCCUUUCAAAUUAACUCGCGAAUACGUGAAUGUUCUUGGCGGAUCUACAGAUGCAGUUCCAUUCCAGAGGUUUGUUACAUUGUUCAUGAGGUGUUUCUUGGCUGUUCAAUCAAGAUAUAUAGAGAUCAUCAACAUUGUCGAACUCAUGAAAUCUGCAGGACUUCCUUGUUUCACCAAGAACUCAAUCAAGUCAUUGAAAGAAAGAUUUGCACUGACAAAGAAUGCUUCCGAACUGCCAGACUACAUCAAAGGACUUGUAACAUCUUCUCUAGACUCUUUCUACACUUCUGCUUACGAUUCAUUCCAGAACUCUCAGAAUAAUAUAUUUUAUUGUUAA